UUGAAACAGACGGAUGUGCUCAUGGUUUAGUGCAAAUCUCACAUUUAAAAAUGCCAUGUCGCCUGUUUUCCACGUGUGGUCGUAACGUUUUUAACGUUAUUCUGUGUGGUUGAAGGCUCACUGUGGCUAAAUGAGAGUGCUGGUCGCAAACACGACGAGCAGACUGGCCCCAUACGGAGCCGCUACUGUCUCUUUAAAUUUACCCAGGAGCCCCUUAAGGAGCCCCAGGGGCCCCAAGCUCGGCUCCCCACCCUGAAGAAAAGCAGAGGCUGAAACCCCCACACAGGAGGCCGCCCGGACCUCACCAACAUUUGACAAAAGCCUCUCGUGAAAGACUUCGACAGGAGCGGAGAGCGACUCAGAAACUCGCGGCGACACGUAAAAGUUAGCUGAAGUUGUUGAGGCCGCCACGGCGCCGAGGGUGAAGCGAGCAGCACGGCGCACACCAACCUCGCACACGCACACUAAUGUAGUUAAUAUGGGUGAAGGCGGCUUCCUCGUGCUUUCACAACCGUUCGCGGCGUGCUUCUGCGAGUCUGUCCGCUCGUGACAGUCUCCCUCCCGCGCAGGAGGAGCGGCGAAACGGCCGCGCUGGAACAACGCUGAGGCAGGCAUGGAGGAGGAGAAAGAGCCCAAGGAGCCGGAGCCCCAGCACAAACAGCCCCACACACAGGCUCUCUCAUUAAUAAUAAGCGCCGUGGAAGGGGAGGCGACACCACCGGGAGAGCCCUCGGCAGGUGAAGAUGACAUGACCAAUGGACACAUUGGAGAUGAUGGUCUGGUCACUCCUGUAUGCUCUCCUGGCACAAGCUACUGGAGCAUCUCUGAAAGCCCCAACUCCCCCUUCCUUCUGUCCCCCGUCCCGGGGCCAUCUGGACAGAAAGCCACUCCGGCUAAACCCGUGCGGGCCUCACGUCCUGGUCUCAGCCGCAUCCCUGGCCGGGACCACCGCCGCUACUACCAUGAGUACUGGCGGAGCGAGUAUUUGAUGGAUUUUGAUCCAAGAAGGCAUGGUAUGAUCUGCAUGGUGUGUGGGAGUUCACUGGCUACGCUAAAACUGAGCACCAUUAAGAGGCAUAUUAGGCAGAAGCAUCCUGACUCGUUGCUGUGGAGCGCGUCCGAUAAGGAGGUGAUCCGCUCAGGCUGGGAGAGCCAUCUGAACCUGGAGAACAGCCAGAAACCUUUCUGCUCAGACCCAGCUGUCGCUACAGAGCCAGAGGAGACACUCGACUGUGCAAAGCGCUCUACAGGCAAACCCAACAGUGCUGUGACAAGUAAGCGUCAGCCUCAGCCUAGAGUCAGCAAAGCGAGUGCCUCUCCAUCAGCGUCAUCAGUCCCAGAGCCUCAGGGUCCAUCUGCCCAGAUGCUGGAGCGCUACCUGAACGACUCCCUGCACGCUUGGUUCCGGCAGGAGUUCCUGAUGGAGUACCAGGCAGAAGCAGGUCGUCUGGUCUGCAUGGUGUGCAGCUGCCCGCUGCCAUCGCUGCAUCUGGACCACAUCAAGAGCCACGUUCUAGAGCUGCACCCAGAUUCACUGGUGUACAGCGCAGAGGAAAAGCACUGCAUUCUGCAGACCUGGGCCCAGACCCAUGAAUCAGAUUCUUCAAGAGACUAUUUCAAAUCAGAGCCAGACACCAAAGCCGACAGCUCAGUGCAGUUCUUCCCCUCGGACGUGGAUCCUCUGCAGGACAGCUCCGAGCCGCAUGCGGGGGGUGAGGAUGAGCCACCAGGGGCUGCUCAAAACCCAAACACCUUGCCACACCAAUUCCCCAACAGGAGGCUGAAGAACGGGUGCCCCUGGCAUCUGCGUUUGGACUACCUGGUUGCACUCGGGCCUCCAGACAGUCCAGGCUGCUACUGCAUGGUGUGCUCUGAGCAGUUGCCAGUAGCUAGAGUCAGCAGCUUCCGCAGGCACAUCCAGGAGCGCCACCCUGAGACCAUCAAUCUCAGCCGGAGAGAGAGACAAGAUAUAGCCAGGGCCUGGACAGGGCAUGGAGACACAGAGGAGCCAGACAUGCAGCCAGAACAAGUCAUCCCUGGUGAUACCACUGCCGAACCUGCACAUGUAGGCACACAGACAUUGUCCGUAAAACCCGCCAAGCAGAGCACCAUCAAGACAGAGGACGGGGACAGGAAGACCACGCCAUCUACAACACACAGACACACGCACUACCCGGGUAAGGACCAGCGACGCAACUACCAGGUGCGCUGGCGAAUGGAGUAUCUCAUGGACUAUGACUGCAGAAGACACGGGCUGAUCUGUAUGGUGUGUGGGGCCACGCUGGCCACGCUUAAGGUCAGCACAAUUAAGAGACACAUUCAGCAGGUGCAUCCUCGCUCACUGGACUACAGCCCUGAGGAGAAGCAGCAGGCCCUGCAGAGCUACAACCAGACUGCCCUGCACUUCGUCCACUCCGACGACUGUUUCUCAGCCUCGGACCACGGCCAUGGAGCGCAUGCUAAAGCUAAAGUCGAACAGACCGGCUGUUACAGCACUUAACUGAACAGUAGUGGGGUGUGACAUGUUUUCUUUCGCUCAGGAAGUUGAUUAUUGGAACAAGCCAAAAAAAUCUCCACAGCUUUUUUUUUGUUUGUAGUUUAGGGGCUGGGUGUAAGUUUUAAAAACUUACUUUGCACUUUUUUCUCUCAAAUGAUUUCAUGGCAAAAUUCUCUAUAAAAGGGGUAAUUUGCAAGCAAUGACCACCUGUUAAACACAAGAGGCAGUGCAUGUCCUGCUAGCCUAACUUCACCUUUAAGAUUAAGAAUUUUAAAAGUGCUUCCUGCAGAGGAAUCAACAGGCUGAAUUGAGUGAAGGUCUUUUUUCAUUUUCCUAAGCACCUUUUUAUGCAUCCUUGUUUGUACAGUGCAGUCUUUGGCAAGACUGUUAUUGCUGCAGAUUACAGGGGUUAAUGUGCUGGAGAGAUCAUUUUGCAUGGGGGCAUUGCAGUGGGUCGCACAUUCUGCACUUAAGAAAGCACUGGGUACGGGUGCCAGAGAAGUAUGGACAUCCAGAGUGGUACACGCUUUUCACAACCGUUUUAUUGUACCAUCUUAUGUACUCAUAAUCAACACACAGAAGACUAAUGAGGAAAUUUAUGUUGAAAUACGACCUUUUAAAUGGGUAGGAGGUAGGGCUGCACUAUAUGGACAAAAUACUACUAUUGCAAUUACAGUGGUGUACACCGACCGGCCAUUUCAUUAAAACCACCUGCUUGUUUCUACACUCACUGUCUGUUUUAUAAGCUCCACUUAUCAUAUAGGUGCACUUUGUAGUUCUACAAUGACAGACUGUAGUCGAUCUGUUUCUCUGCAUACUUUGUUAGCCUCUUUUUUCCCUGUUCUUUAAUGGUCAGGACCACCACAGAGGAGGCAUUAUUUGGAUGGUGGUGGUGUGUUAGUGUGUGUUGUGCUGGUAUGAAUUUAACAGACACAGCAGUGCUGCUGGAGUUUUUGACCACAUCAGCCAACAUCGUCCCGUGGGCAGCGUCCUGAGACCACUGAUGAAGGACGAAAGGAUGACCAACACAAACUGUGCAGCAAAAGAUGAGCUACAGUCUCUGACUUUACAUUACAAGGUGGACCAACAAGAUCAGUGUCUAAUAGAGUGGACAGUGAGUGAACAGUGUUUAAAACUCCAGCAGCACUGCUGUGUCUGAUCCACUCAUACCAGCUCAACACACACUAACACUGAUACCUGCUCUGUGGUGGUCCUGUGGGAGUCCACAUGAAAGAGAGGUGAAAAGGGGCUAACACAGAUGGACUACAGUCUGUAAUUGUAGAGCUAUAAAGUGCACCUAUAUGGUAAGUGGAGCUGAUAAAAAGGACAAUGAGUGUAGAAACAAGGUGGUGUUAAUGAAGUGGCUGGUCAGUGUAUAUUGUGAUAUGCCUUGCAAUGUUUUAGAAACCCAUUUGUAAAUCAAUAAUGUGACAUGGUGAAAGAUCAGUGUGCAUUAUUUUGACAAAAAAAAUUUUUUUUUUUUGGAUUACAUGAAUACUUUAAUUCAUAAAACCACCCACAGAAACAUUUAUCUGGAGCUGUGAUUUGUCAGGAUGCUCACAGCACUAGGCCUGGGCGAUAUCUAAAAAUAAUUAGCACAGUAUUUUCCCCCAGUCACACACAAAUGCAUGGGUCCACUGCAGCUUAGACCUA